AUGGCAGGAGAAAUGGUUGAGAACGCCAUAAGAGAUGGCAAGAUAGAGGGGGAAACUACUAUAACAACGGCCUCAAGAAGGAAAGAUAAUGAGGUCAACAAUACGAGUAAUUAUAAUGCAAAAGCGAUUACGAUUAGUCAGCCCAGACUUCUAUACCCUAAAUGGUACAAUGCAAAUGCCAAAUGUGAAUACCAUGCAGGGAUAUCAGGGCAUUCGAUCGAAAAUUGUACUGGCUUUAAAAAAGCAAUGGAAAGACUUCUCAAGAUGGGGGUUGUAAAAUUUGAUGACACCCGUAGUAAUAAGAACUCGUUGCCAAAUCAUGGUGAUCAAGGGGUAAACGCAGUUGGGGAUACUGGUAUGAGAAGGAUUAAAGAGGGCGUGGCCAAGGUGAGAACGUCGAAGAAAAUGAUUUGGGAAGAAAUGGUGAGAAGAGAGAUGAUAAUCUCUAAAGAAAGGAAUAGAGGAGUGAGGGACUACUGCGAGUUCCAUGCUGAGGAGGGGUACGAGAUCCAGGAAUGUGACGAGUUUAAGGCCUUCGUACAAAGCCUUAUGGAUAAUAAGAAGUUGGAAUUUUAUGAAGCUAGCUCAGAUGAGGGACGUAUAUGGAUAUUAGAAGGUGGACUGAAGAAUCAAAACCGGCCAAGGUUCAUUAUUUCUUUACCAAGAAAUAAUGAAGUUGAAAUACCAACGGUACCGAAAGUCAUUAUUCAUAAACCUGUUUCCUUUCCUUAUAAGGAUAACAAGAGGGUACCUUGGAAUUAUAAUUGCAAUGUGACAAUACCGGAGAAGGAGGAUAUAGCUGGUGCUUCUGAGAAGAUUCAAGGUAAGGGUUCUUACAUACGUAGUGGGAAGCGUUAUAAUGUAAAAGGCGUUAGAGUUGAACCUGUGAAAGUAAAAGCCUUUGACAAAGGAAAAGGGGUUGAAAUACUGGUUAAUAAGCCAGUGAAGGAAGAAGAAGCCAAAGAGUUUCUAAAAUUCUUAAAACACAGUGAGUACAGCGUGGUUGAACAAUUGCGCAAACAACCAGCUCGCAUAUCAGUAUUGGCGUUGCUCCUAAGUUCAAAGGUACAUAGGGAAGCAUUGAUGAAGGUGCUCAAUGAAACUUACGUUACUAAUGAUAUAUCCGUCAAUAAGUUGGAUCGAUUGGUUAGUAACAUAAGUGCUGAUAAUUUCAUCUAUUUCAACGAUGAUAAAAUCCCACCUGCCUUAAAUGUCUUACCAUUAUCUAUACUGAACAGAUUACCCAUAGACAGUUCUCACAUGAAAACAUGUCAUAAUGUAGUGAGAGCAUUCGAUGGGAGGCCUUGGAUACACUCAGCAGAAGCAGUGCCCUCAUCUUUGCACCAGAAAUUGAAGUUAGUAGCUGAUGGACGGCUGGUCACCAUAAACGCGGAGGAGGACAUUAUAGCGACAGUUACCAGUGACGCACCCUAUGUAGAAGCAAACAAGGAGGUAAUUGAAUGCUCUUUCCAUUCAUUAGAAUUCGUCAAUGCAACAUUCAUUUCAGAGGGGAAUGAGGUGCUGGUACCUAGGAUAUUUAGAACUACAAGAAUGGGUUUGCAAAUGACAAUGAGGAAAGGAGCCUUGCCAGGAAAAGGAUUAGGAAGGCAUCUUCAAGGAAGGAUUCAAAUUCCAGAAUUAAAGGAGAAGAGAGACCAUUUUGGCUUAGGUUACAGGACAGAUCACAAGCAAAGGAGGAAGGAAAUAGAGAAGCGAGGGAUAAUUCACCCUAAAGGAGGGUUGCUUGAAAAAGGAAGCUAUCACAUAAAUGCUGUGCAUAAUGAAGAGUCUGGACAAGGAAACCUUGAGGGCAUUCGCCCUUACGAACCGGGAAGCUCUUUAAAUAAUUGGGUUGCAGAGGAACAUCCUGAUUUUGAAGAUGACAGGGAUUGUGAUAUGUCUCCAGACCUGUUGAGAAUGGUGAAACAAGAGGAGAAACAAAUCCUAUCCCGUGAGAAAGAAGAAAUAGAGAAUGUAGCCUUGGAGGAAGGGAAGGAGGCGAAAAUUGGCACACAUGUUGCUAAGGAAACAAGACAAGGUCUUGUUGAGCUGCUAUGUGAAUUCAAGGACAUAUUUGCAUGGUUGUAUUAG